AGAAAAAAGUACAAAAUACAAGUUUUUGACUUUGCUGACUUGCUGACUCCGGAGAGUCCGUUCGAUUUGAAGCAGAAACUACCGAGAGAGUAAAGGCCAGCCAGCAAAGGCGAACGAAUGACUUGAACGGGUGUUGCCGUAGUGUUGGUUCCCGGUUUCCUCCCAAGCCCAGGUUCGUCGAGCUGGAACUGAACACUGGCAGCAGGUCGCGCGCGCGAGUAAAAAAAACCCAUCCAAGUGUCUAUAUCAUAGAAGAGAAAAAGUCCGUGUAUCAGUAUGCAGCGCAAUACGGUAGACAGCAGAACUACAUGAAAGACGACGACGGUGACGCGGAGUUGAGACCAGCAGUCACGGUCUCCGGUGCCAGAAAGUCACAAGUGUCUUCUUGGUGAGAGGGUGCGCGCGCGAAUUACCCAGUUUCCGGUUCCGGCCAGUCAAUCCAAUUAGAAUCCUAAACAAUUGAACGUUAUCCUGACAAGGUGAGGGUGUGUAUGUGUUUGCCUGGAGGGGUGUGCGAACAGUGAAGUGAAUCAGAAGACAAUCCACCAAAGUGGCCAAGAAGGAGUGACACAUCUGUUUGGAUAGGUUGGUUCUGGGCUCGAGAGCUUAUCAGCGCGGAUGAUAAGAUUGUCCACAAUCUACGGUUUGCCGUUUGUAGUUGCCGCCUUGUCGUCACAUAUGUGUGAGAAGCAGGGCAUGCGCGUGGUUAGUGUAAACAAUUAACGGUUACACGAGAGAACAAAUAGACCUUGAAGUGCGUCGGAAAUCCUGACACAUCGGAGCACGAAUCUUGUCCGAAGAUUGACGAAUCGUCUGCCGUGAGUUGAGUGAGUGUUUUAAUAGGAUUGUGUUACACGGCGGCGCCAGCGAUGAGAUCAUAACUUGACAGGAGAGCAGCCAAGUGAUUAAUUUACAUCAAUUUCUGGUAGUUAAUCCGAGCUUGAUAAAUACUCAAGCGUGUCGAGGUAGUGGUGGUUGAUAAAUGUUAUUGGAAACCGUCGGCCAAGCGAACGUGAUGGAGCAAUCGAAUGAGUCAGCCGCUGCUGCCGGUGGGGCCACAGCGACCAGUAAUGUGGCACGAAGUUCACAACCGGGUGAUUUUGCAGCUGCCGCGGCGGUUGUGCUUUCGCUGCAGAACAACAUGUUAACCAGUUUGCAACAGGCAGCCCUUAUGCCAGCCAAUUCUCCUGUUGCAGCUGCUUUCAACCUUCAGGCUCUUGAAUCAUAUCUCACGCUACAAAGAAUUACCGGAAAGUCGGAUGUGCUGCGGCUAUCCAACCGUACCCCGUUGCCAUCCAUGCCUUUAACCUCCUCGGCUUCAACGUGCACUUCGUCCACCACCGUGGUAACAAGUGCUGAUGAUAUGCUAAUGGACACUCAACCUGCAACGGUGCAACAGUUGCUUCAGAACAAUGAACUUUCUGAUGAACUCCCGGUUCUAGACCAAGAUGAAGAUCUCAAUUUCGAUGAGCCUAUGCAUGACUCAACGUCCGACGGUAACUCUCUGGACAGCGGCUAUCCCAGUCUAGUCCUCAAUGCUGCCUUCCACCAGCAAAUGAGCGCCGACAAGUUCAAAACUUUAGCAGCGACGGCAUCUUCAUCUAGUUCGGCCGCCGCCGUCGCAGCUGCAGCCGCCGCAGCCAGUCUCGUGGCAAGUUCGGCAGCCGCUGCCGCUGCAGCAGUGUCGAAAAAGUGCUCGUCCACGCCUUCUGCAACGGUGACCACCCAGCAACAAGGACAACAAUCGUCGGCUGUGGCAAUUGCGGCAGCCGCUGCAGCCAGUCAGCGACCGAAGAAACAAUUCAUUUGCCAGUUCUGUAAACGCCAGUUCACGAAAUCGUACAACCUGUUGAUCCACGAGCGAACCCACACCGACGAGCGGCCCUAUUCGUGCGACAUUUGCGGAAAGGCUUUCCGUCGGCAGGAUCACCUGCGCGAUCAUAGAUACAUCCACUCCAAGGAGAAACCCUUCAAAUGUCUGGAAUGCGGAAAGGGGUUCUGCCAGUCGAGGACCCUGGCCGUCCACAAGAUCCUGCACAUGGAGGAGUCGCCCCACAAGUGCCCGGUUUGCAGCCGAAGUUUCAACCAGCGUUCGAACCUGAAGACCCAUCUGCUCACGCACACCGACAUCAAACCGUACCACUGUGCCGCCUGUGGUAAGGUGUUCCGGCGGAAUUGCGACCUCCGGAGGCACAGCCUGACGCACAAUCUAGGAGCGACCGGAAUCGGGGGACCGGAUGGACCUCUGGAUAUGAUUGCGGGUGGGUCUGGUUCGUUGGGCGCCAGCGAUUCGGAGACCAAUACCAUCGACCUGAUGGCGCUGGCUGGAGUGGAUUGAGGCGAGUUUUGUGAAGUUUUAUUGUUUAUGUCCUAUUUAGUUAGUAUCGUUUGUUUGUAAGAAACCGUUGACAAUUAGUGAGAUAGGUUUUAUAUGACGCGCGUCGAGAGGUUCGUCGCUUGUGUACUUCGCUGCAUUUAACGAAAUCUUUUGUUGUCACAGACUUAGGAAUUUGUGAUGAUUAAGUUGAACAUUUAAUUAAAUUAUGUUUUUUUUUUCAUUUGUUAAUCGGAAACCCUAAACUCAACUUGGAAUAGAUCAAUAUGAAAGAGAACCCAAUUGCGACUGUGAGUCGAAUGAUUUCGUCCAUAUGUAAAAACAUAAGUCUUGAACCAGAGCUACAGA